AUGCAGGGAGGCGUUCCAAUGAAGAUGCAUGAUGCUUACAUCAAUUCCCGAGUCUUCGCUCUUGCGGAUUCUAUUCAGAAUGAGCGUAGUCCAACCCUGAGCGAAGGCGGACAUUCUUUUGUCCAAUAUUUACAGAGCUAUCUUGACCACGUUGAAGACACCAGCAGAACAGACGAAGAGAAACUGAGGAAUGCGGAAGAGAAAUACCGGGCGAUCAAACGAGAAGCCUCAUUACAAUUCGAGCUGGCCCAGUUCAAGUGGAAAGAGGCUCUCCAGCUCGAACCUUCCAUGACCCUUGACAAGUGGAUUGAUGAGUACGGCUACGACUACCGCGAUGCCUGCGAGGAGAGAGACUGGGCAAAGAAGAAUUUAAAACGCGCUCAGCAGACGGGGUCCCGCGAUGUCUUGAGACAGAAAGAACUCCUGGAGUCUGCACUGAAUUCUCACGAUGAAGUGCCCGGGAGUAACAUGCCAUGCGCCAUGCACGAUGUCAGCAUCAACACGCUGGCGAAACAGGGAGAGCCACCAAAGGACGUGGUGCAUCGGCCACUGCAUGUUCUCCCAGGCUUCGUCUUCACUGGUGAAGACUGGGCCAACAGAGGUCUGAGCGAAGGAGACGACCAGAGCUCGAUGCGGAUUGAUCUCCUUGAAGGGUUCACCCGGACAUGGAAAGACCUUGGGUUCGCACAGCUUGACAACAUGGAAAAGUCCUUCGGCAAGAAAGACAUCGAUCCAAUUCGCGAUACGGUUGGGGAGUGGAAACUGAUGCUGAAGUACACCGAUAUACAAGCCUUCGAUGUCAAUCGCGGCUUGUGGAAUAUUCCAGGCUUCCGCUCAAUCUUGCCAGAGUUGGCUAGAACUGCACCUUCCCAUCUCAAGGACAGAGUAUUCCAGACAACGCGGAUCCUGCUGGCGUACAAUGCGGAUCUCGUGCUUCGUCUCCCUGAAGACCUGUUUAUGAAGUUAUUUCCUCGAAGCAAAAAUGUCAAAGCGACCGGCAACGAGAAAGAGCGUGAUACAAAACCGAACACGUUGGCUCUCAACGGGCUGGAGGAUGAACUUCUGAGCGAGCUUUUCCAGACAUUCCCAUUUGCAAGGGCUCACCCAGAGCCAUGGGAUGACAUCACAAAGCAGCUGAAUAGCCUAGAGGAGGCGAUCGGCAGAGCCUUGCAUUUCAAGCCAGCCGGCAUUUCUGUCACUCGUUAA